GUCACGUGACGUAUAGACCAUUUCAACAUGGCCGACGCAGGUUCCACUGAGACACAUAGUCCCAAACAUAGUUAUUGUCCAGAUACAGGUCAAUCAGAAACAGAAUCUACAGGAGAUACAGUUGUGUCUUCAGUCACAGGAGAUGGUGUUUGCAGUUCUAGUACAUCUCCCAAAUCAAAUCCUUUCCAUGCAGUGAAGCCUCCAAAAUUUGUCCCUACCAUAAAUGCCCCUUCUCUGAACCCAUUCGCAGCUCGUCCAGCUCUAAGACAAGACAUGGUCUCCUCAUCCAACCACACUGGAACAAACUCUCCUGCCAAGUUUAUUCUGCGCCCCUCUGCCCUGUCACCCAACCCUCAGAAUAAUCAAACUGAUGUGUCCACCAUGAAUACCACAGCAGUUUCAUCUCUAUUAAAGCCAGCCAAACUUCCUGACCCCACAAAGUCUUCUUCUAAAGACUCGGAGGGGAUAGAGAAGGAGAACGAGGAGUCCGGGGCUGUGAGUCACCCACUGGACCCCCUGGCCCCUACAAAACUAUUACUGGGGGUCGACACAUCUGACAGUCCCACGUCCAGCAAGUCAGAAAGCCUGUGCCAAUCUGCGUCUAGGGAGCACUCGGACACAAAAGCCGCAGAAGGCAGUCGUAGCAUUGAUAAAAGUGCUAGUGAUUCUUCAACUGAAUGUAGUGAUAAUAUUCUAGGAGAAAAUCUCACAGAAAAAGUAACGGGUGUUCACACAUCUCCAAAGGGUAUUGUGAGUAGUUCAGGGUUUGUUUUCGGAGAGAACCUCGCCGAGCGUGUGCAAUUCAAGGACCAGGAAUUCUCAGAGAAGAAUGGAGUGUACUCACCUGACUCUACCAACUCUGUGGAGCAGGCCAACUCAGCAGAUGCUGGUAAAACACUGGAGGAGUCAGCCAGGGAGUACCAGCUGACUCAUGGUCGCAAAACAGAGUUACAGAAAGUGGAGGUGGUGACGGGAGAGGAAAACGAGUCCAAUGUUAUACAGACAAAUGGGAAACUGUUUAUAUUUGAUGCUGACAAUCAGAAUUGGAUAGAAAGAGGAGCUGGCUUAAUACGACUCAAUGACAUGAGAUGUGAAUCAUCAAAAUCCUUCCAGUCUAGGUUAUUAAUGCGUACGCAGGGUAGCCUGAGACUUAUCUUAAACACAAAGAUAUGGCCCGGAAUGACGGUGGAUAGAGCCAGUCAGAAGAGUGUACGCAUCACAGGAACCGACGGAGAUGGUGUGCGAAGAGUAUUUCUUAUUAUGACAAAUCCCAAGGAUUCUGACAACCUUCUGCGUGCCCUGGACUGGCGCGUACAACAGUUGCGGGUCCAUGAAGAGAUGCAACCCAGUGCCGGGCUAACAGAGAAACGGAAAGCUGAGCCCGAAUCUCCUACAGACGACUCCAGCUCUAAGAAACUGAAGAAAUCAGUAGAAGAAGACGGUCCUCUGAGAAAUCGUGAAGAAUCUGACAGCAGCGUUGUAGACCCAGAAACUGAAGUGUCUUCUGAAAGUCAAGCAUCGUCCUUCACCCUGCGUACGGACUCCGAAUGAGAGUUGUAGCGUUGAAGCCUAAAGGAACUCUAUCAAUGUGCUUUCAAUAUUUUAGUGCAGUUAAACAUCUCACUAGGCCCUGGAUGUUGUUGAGUAAAUGGGUCAGAAAAUCAAUGCAAUAGGACAAAAUCAAGAACUGUGCUAUGUUUAGAGUCAUGUCUGUAAAAAAAAAUUAGGUGGGAGAAAGUAAACUAACUUGGUAUGUUUUUUUUAGGUUUUUUAAAUAAUUAAAUGUCAUGUGAACAUUAAACAUGAAUAAUUUAGAAAAAGAAGCAUUUAUGUGUUUUCCUUGACACACAAUUUACUUUGUUUUAGCUAUAUUCAUCAAAUAAUUGUUAAGUUACAGAACACUUGGGAGCACAGUGUCUGUGUAUUUCUUUUAAUCUGUGUUAAGUACAAAAUUAGGGACGCAUAAUACCUGUAACAUUUUUUAGACAAAAUGGAUUGCAGUUUCCCCUCUAGAAUGUUUGUCAAACAAACAUAUGGGUAGUCUAUUUAGUUUCUGCCAGAUUGUGAGCAAUAAUGUUUCAAGUUUUCAUAAAAUAUAUUUAUGAUGAAUAAGAAUGCAAAAAUGAAGCAAUCUUCGCUGUAAAAUCCACAUCUUUUGGAUUUGUUUUUGAAAUACACACAAACUAUAGGUUUGUGGUAUAAGUAUUUUGUUUUGUUUUCAGAACUAACAUAAGAAUGUUUUCUAUGCCAUUUUUUUUUACUUUUCUUGUACAUAUGCUGCUCCAUUACCCAUAGAAUAACAUUGUUGUUAACUUGUAUUGUGAGCUGAUUGAAAUGUAUUUAAACAGAUACUGUUAUUUUCCAUAAAAUGUUACUUCCAGUUCAAGAUAACACAUACGGGCCAGACAGCUCAGUUGGUAGAGCGUGGACUACAAAUCAGCUGAUCCCAGCCUAGUAACAACUUUGCUGGGUAUCAGUCAUGUAAUCCUUUCUACGGCCAUUUCCCCUAUCUCUGACUCAAGUAAAGCAGUUGUCAGUCACUGACAUGAGUAUGUGGACUUAAAACUGUUAAACAAGCUUAUCCAGAUAACGUUUGAACUGAAUACUGAAGGAAGUGGUAUAAAUGAAAUAAUGUUGAAAAAGUAAACAAUCCAAAUAAAACAAACAAACAGGUAACAAAUUAAAUAAACCUGGCUCACGUCUUUUAUGAAAACGAUAAUUUUUUGGUUUUCUUAUCCUUUGCUAGUGUUUUCUGUUAUCACAUACAAAUACAAAACAUGCAGAUAAACAAAACAAAUCAGAAUUAUAUGUUAAACAAAUACAGCAUUCUUGAUUCAUGUUUAUUUUGUGUAUUUUUCCUUAUGCAUGUGUUGAAAUGCCCUUCUCAAAUUCAUAAAUGCCAAAAAUGAACAAUCAUUUAUUAAAAAGGCGUGGGUGUA